AUGGCCAAGACAUUUUGGAAGCCAGAUGCAGAUAUACAGGCCCAGGUGAAUGUUGUGAUGAACAAUGACAGUAUGGCUGAUCAGGAUAAGAUCACAAUAGUUCGUUCGAUAACAACUGAUGUCAGAUACUACUCUGAUGUUAUAUUAUGUCUACUAGCUAAUCAUCUUCAGUUCAACCCUGCUGCUGCUGCUGGCUCCUCUUCAGUACCUAACGAUGAUGAUGAAGAUAAUGAUGAAGAUCAUAAGUUGAAGGGUGUUCAACAAAUGUCACAGCAAGAGUUAUGGAAGCUUAUCAAAACUCUCAAGAAGAGAUAUUACAAACGACAGCAACAACUUGAAGGACAUACAGACAACACCACUUCACAUCAUCACCAUAAACAUUAUCGGGGACACGGCAAUAACAACAAGUUUAGCAACAGACGCAAAGAGGACCUAUGCAAUCCAGUGUUUAUUUCAUUGGUGAUUAUAGUGAUGGUGUUCGUGAUAUGGGCAUUGUGGCCCACCACAAGACAUGGACAUCGCUAA